AUGGAGAAUCACGAGGCCUUUGUCUCCUGGAAUCCGGCGCUGCGGUCGGAUAGUAAUGCGACGAUAGAAGACACGCCUACGCCUACGCCUGCUCCCGAAACCGUGCCCGUUGACGCACCGCCGACCUCCGCAACCGACGAUGCGAACCCGGAUACAGUCACAGCUCUAGACGCGACAGAACCGGUAAGUAUUGGACCAGCGCCAAUGGAAACCGAGGCGCCACCGGCGACGACCAGCGAAGUUGCGGACACAGACGUGGCUCAGGUCGCGACCGAGUCGGACAACGUCGAGCCCGCUGCGCCCGCAGACACCACGGAAGCGCCUUCCAUCCCGCAUGAUGUUGUCCCGGACGUCGUUGAGCCAUUGAAGGCCGAAGCUACAGCGCUUCUAGAAGCCACAGAGGAGCCGUCAAUUGCGCAAGAUGCGGCCCCGGAUGUCGCUGAGCCAUCAAUUGCUGAAGCAACUGCUGAAGCAACUGUUGAAGCUGCCGGGCCUGAAAACAUUGCGAACGUAUCGUCAAUCCCUCAAGACACAGUCCCGGACGUUACUGAGCCCUCGGAAGCUGAAGCUACGGCCAGAUUAGAGGCUACGCAUCCUUCAGAAGCUACGGAGACACCGUCAGCCUCGCAAGAAGCGGUUCCAAAUGUGACCGAGCCGUCCAGUGCUGAAGUUGCUACCCCUGUCGACACUGCAGACCCGGCGCCAAUCCCGCAAGAUACAGCUCCGGAGGUCGCUGUAUCACCUCGAGUCGAAGCUAUUACUCCACCAGAUACCACGAAGGCAGAAACGGUGACAGGCGAAGAGUUCGACCAGACUGAAACACGGGAAGACUUCCGGGAGGAGGCCGCGGAGUUAUUGUCUGCCGCUGUUAAUGAGAACCAGGAUCAGGAAACGAAUCUUUUCGAGCCCAAGCCCGAAUCAGAGCCUUCAGCUGCGCCUGAGGAUGGUUACAACCGCUUGCAGUCGACACAGCAAGAAGAUGAGCCUGAAGUACAGACCCACCAACUUGAAGUCGACACAUCGGUCAACGCCGUCCCAGGCUCAAGUGAUUACCCUGCUGCGGGUUGGGUCUAUCAACAAACUCCAGCAGAUUACGCUGCAUCGGGCAAUGGGGAAAUUAGCAGUACAAAUCACGACCUCUGGGGGAGCCCUAAGAGCGUUGACAAUGGAGAGGACCGCUUCUUCGAUCAACUGAGAACACAAACGAAGCCAAUCUAUUUCCCACCUGAGGAGUCGAGAUUUGAGGAGGGCGUGCCCUUAUUGGAUGGCUCGGCUGAAACGCCGGUUGAGCCAGCGCCAGUUGAGCCGGCAGCGCCCCAGCCGAGUCAACUUGAUCAUGUCUUCGAAGGAGACGAGGAUGAGGACGAUGGAUUCUUCAAUUCCGCACAGAAGCCGGUGGAAAAUGAACCUGAAGAGCCGUUCCAUAUUCACCGGAAGAGCACGUCUCAAGUUUUGGGCUCUCUUGGCGCAAACCAGGACGGGAUUGCCAGCCCACUUUCUCCUACCGCAGAGGAGUUUGAUGAUAUUCUAGCGGCUGCGGCAUCGAAAUCCCCUGAAAAGGUAGAGGAGCCGGCCACGGAGGAGGACUUGGCUGCUAAAUGGCAAGCCGAACUCUCCGAUGAUGAAUUGGAUGCUGCUCCCGCCGAGGAGGAUCUAGCUGCUAAAUGGCAGGCGGAACUUGAUGAUGAUGAUCUACUCUUGGACGAUGAGGUUGGUGACGCUACUCAGGAUUCCUCUGGGCUAGCCAACGGCGAUGGUGUAGACCAUAAUCUGCAGGCUCUCGGGAGUCCUUUCGGAACGCCGCAAAGCGCUGGCAGACCUAAGCCAGCACAGAGCGCGUACACUCCUCAUCAGCCUUCUACAGCCGAUCUCGUCCAGGGUGUUCCAAUCCCAGGAUCCGCUCCUCCAGCCACCAGUGCUCCAUACAAUGCGAACUAUUUUCAGCCGCAACCUGAGCUUCCUGCUCCUAUGACCAGGGCUGAAAGCUUCGCGGAUCGCCAAAAAGAAGGCUAUAAAUCGCCUUAUGACCUUCCGGAAGAUCUUGCCCCGCGUCGCAAACCCGCCCCCAGACCAGUGGUACCACCAGCUGCUACUAUGCCUGCACCACCCCCACGAAGUAGUAGCAUCCCGGCCCCUCCGCCUCCCCAAUUGACAUCUGGGGUACCGGUACCACCCAUCAGCGCUGCGACCUUGCCCUCCACAGCGACCCCGGCAGCCCCAGCCGUACCUACUCCUAAGAACUUUUAUGAGGAGUUGCCGUUGGCCCCUGCCCAACCACGCUCGCGGCCCGCAGAUUCAGGGCGAUAUACCCCCAACCCAAGCACGGCAAGCCCCGCAGUCGUGCAGCCGCCCCCGCCAGCGCAACCUGCCACCAACCAUUAUGCGCAACUAUCAGGCGAUCCUACUCAGCCUCAGUUGCAUCAGCCCGAAAGAUUGGGACCGUAUGCCACUACCUUGACUCCUAGCGCCCAAAGUGCUCCUGCGGUGCCUACUGUCAAUUCAAGAUACUCACCGAAGCCACCAACAUUGCAGCCUGGGGUGAAGCCGCCAGUAUCUCCUAGAUAUUCCCCAGCGCCGCCACCACCAGCAGCCGCACCUCCGCCCCCUCAACGUUAUGUUUCGCAGCCAUCUGUUCUUCCGGGGCAAACAGUCACCCUGCCCUUCCAACCGCGCACUUCAAGUCCCCUAGCACACCACGAGAAGGUUUCCUACCAACCCAGCGAACCCCCUCGGAAAUCAUCUUUAGCUCAGCCCACAUCUCCUGUUGCUGUACAGCCGCCACACAUUGAGACAGCCGCCACUGUUUCACCUCGAUCCUCGCUGGAUGCGUCAAGUCUCCAGCAAACCUCUCCGCCAAGAAACCCCUAUGCCCCUCCCUCGUAUAUAGAAGAAUUUUCUCGUCGUGUCUCCCAUGCCAACAAUAACCCCUCUGCCUAUACACCACCUCCCGAGGCCUCACCGUUUGUCCCGCCUCGGAGAUCACAGACACAGUCUCCUACCCAACAGCAAGCAGGUCCUCGACUAUCUGUGCCCACUGUUGACCCGCUCAAGCGGCCUGCGUCCGUUCACGCACCAAGCUCGCCGACGAAGGCUUCCAAUGCCUAUGCGCCGGUGCAACCCCCCAGCCAUAACCGCGCUGUCUCGCAGUCACUUGAGUUCAUUCCACCAAGCGAUGGACAGGAACUUGAUCCCCUUCAAAGGUGGAGAGGGGCGCCAAUUUUCAAAUUUGGGUUUGGCGGCACUGUCCUGUCCUCUUUCCCCAAGCAUAUUCCUCGGUAUAGCGCAGGACAUACUACGCCGAAGAUCAAACCUAUGCCUGGUGAGGUCAAAACUGCUCAACUCAAAGAUGUCCUUGCAUACCCAGAACCCAUUGUGCAACAUCCAGGUCCUUUGAAGAAUAAGUCCAAGAAGAAGGAUUUGGUGUCUUGGUUGUCUAGCAAAAUCGCGGCUCUUGAGAACCAGGGUGUUCCUCAGCAUCUUCAGGCUUACCCUGACUCUCAAAAGCGCCAUGAGGAGAAGGCUUUGCUGUGGAAAACCGUGCGCGUUUUGGUCGAACAUGAUGGCGGCGCUCAAAGCACUCCCGAGCUUCAGAAGUCUUUGAGAGGCGUCCUAUUCCCGCAUCUGCAAAAUGAUGUCUCGAAUCCUACAUAUACCGACCCCAUUCAGUCUUUCGCUGCCGAACCGCUCAAUGCUUCGUCCUUGUCUGAUUCUCCGGACACCAAAUCGUUGGGCAGUAUCCACAAUAACUUGCUUCUUGGCGAACGGGAGAAAGCUGUCUGGAAUGCAGCAGACAAUCGUCUCUGGGGCCACGCUAUGAUUAUCGCGUCAACGUUAGACAAGUCCGUCUGGAAGCAGGUUGUGCAAGAGUUUGUGAGACGCGAGGUCAGGUCUAGUAGCGGUAACGCCGAGUCGCUUGCCGCUUUGUAUGAGAUCUUCGCUGGUAACUUUGAAGAAAGUGUCGAUGAACUCGUUCCUCCCUCCGCGAGGGCUGGGUUGCAGAUGGUCAGUAAAGUCGAUGGGCAAGGUGCCUCCAGGAACUCUCUUGCUGGUCUCGAGUCAUGGAAGGACACUCUGGGGUUGGUAUUGAGUAACCGAAGUCCUCAAGAUCACCAGGCGCUAUUGGCCCUUGGUCGAUUGCUGCUGUCAUAUGGUCGGAUAGAGGCCGCCCAUAUUUGUCUCAUUUUCUCGCGGGCAGCCGUGUUUGGAGGCCCGGAUGAUCCUCAGGCGAAUAUUGUCCUCCUCGGUGCCGACCAUGUCCACUCUUCGCCCGCAGCUUUGUUAGAUGACGAUGCUAUUCUACUCACUGAGGCAUACGAAUACGCUACGUCUGUGCUAGCGGCGUCUCCCUCGUCUGCACUUCCUCACCUUCUGGCCUUCAAGCUUGUUCAUGCCUGGUCGCUUACCGACAAGGGGCACAAGUCUGAAGCUCAGCAGUACUGUGAUGCCAUCGCGGCGGCUCUUAAAGCUACCACGAAGCCAUCAGGCUAUCACAAUCAGCAUCUGUUCUUUGGUGUUGAUGAGUUAUCAGCGCGUCUCAAGCAGACUACAGGCGAUGGAGGGUCGUGGAUCUCCAAGCCGAGCAUGGAGAAAGUCUCUUCCUCAAUGUGGAACAAGUUCAGUAACUUCGUUGCCGGUGACGACAGCGACGCUGCUUCAACGGGUUCUGCCAAGGGUGGUGAAGCAGGAUUCGGUCCGUUUGCUCAAAUCUCUGGGACCCCUACUGUAAGCCGCUCGCCAUCCGUGACGGACCUGUACGGACAGUACCCUAUGCCUGCAGCUCAGCCAAUUCCCACUGCUGGGCCUUCCCGCUACCAGCCGAAUAACCAGUACGCUCCGAACUCGCCUGACCAAGGCCGUGGACGAUCGUCUCUCGACUCGCAAAGGUCCGCUUCGUUUGGACUUUCAUACGGCCAACGCCGGGGAUCGCAAGAGCACGUGCCUCCACCCGAGAGCCCUCUGUAUGGAGGAGGGCCCUUUUACGGUUCUCCAGCCGCCGGUUAUCAGUCUACGCCCCCUCAAACUUCAUACAUGCCCCUUGCCCCUGUUGACGAGGACAUGGCCCAGCAGGCUUACGCUCCACCAAGCGCUGCUCCGCAAGGCUUGUUCGGCCAUGAUUCUCCUUAUCAACCUCCUGCCCGAGCCUCGUUCGAUCAGUCAUAUGGUCCUGAAACACCGGCCGCCAUACCAACUGAGGCUGAUAGUUAUAUGCCUCCUAUGGUUAGCACUGGAUACGAGCCUCCUUCAAUCGGUGCUCCAGAUUUGGAAGUAACGGAAGAGCCCGAGGAUGAGAAGCCCCCUAAGAAGUCAACAAUGGAUGAUGACGACGAUGAGGAUGACAUUGCGGCUCGUGCUGAGGCUUUGAAGAAGGCUGAAAAGGCACGCAAGGAUCGAGAGGCUGACGAGGCUUUCCGGAAAGCAGCCGAAGCUGAUGCUCAAAAACCUGCUCAAGCGAAGAGCUCCUGGUGGGGUUGGAUCAAAGGCGGAAACAAAGAGGAUGCCAAUGCCGCCGCUGGAAAACCAAUUCGUGCAAAGCUUGGAGAAGAGAGUUCUUUCUAUUAUGAUAAAGACCUGAAGAAAUGGGUUAACAAGAAGGACCCUAGCAGCGCCACACCGGCGCGUGCCACCCCGCCUCCUCCAAAGGCUAUGGGUCCUCCGAGCAGAACUGUCAGUGGAAGCAGCAUGCCUCCUCCGCCUGCGCCAGCAGGCCCUGGUAGUCGACCUCCAUCCGUCGCGAAUGGCCCUCCGCCGCCAUCAGGCAGCCCUGCACAGUCUUCGCUCGGUCUUCCAUCAACACCCGGGCUGGGACCUGCGCGAUCCGUCUCUACUGGCGCUGUGCCACCAGCUGGUGGCGCUUCUUCCCGCCCGGGAAGCUCCGCUGGACCACCUCCCAGGCCUUCUACGUCUUUGAGUCAUGCUAGCUCAAUUGACGACUUGCUUGGAGCGCCACAAGCGCGCAAGGGCGCCACUGCGCGGGGUAGGAAGAAGGGCCGCUAUGUUGAUGUGAUGGCGCAGUAA